ACCAAAUUGUCUAUGGAUUAUGGACUGAACAUUAAGAAAUUGGAGGGUUAUUUUAUACAUUUUUAUGCAUUUUAAAAUACUUUAACAUGUAUGAUUAAGUGAUGAAAUAGUAAAGUGUGUGUUAUCUACUAAACAAAUAUAUUUUCAGUUAAGUUUUCAUAGCAUAAUUUAGAUGAAAUUCGUUACCGCGGGAAAUCGGUGAAACGUUUGACUUUAAUAAUGGCCGCAACAGCGCCAAUGCUUUUCAUGUUUGUUCAUAUAUUUGAGAAAUAAAGUUUUGGAUAACGGGUUUUGCUUGACGUAAAUUAGUGAUUGAAAUGGACAUCAACGCAGAGGUCUCAACACAACUGUCACUGAUCGACGCACUCCUGAGCGAUUUUGACAAGACAAUUUCGCCAUGUACUAACAAAAAGAAUGAGAAAAAAGAAGAAGAAACCCAGGAUGCCAUGCCAGACUCUACCACCAACACGGAGAAAAGUAAUGCCAACCCUUUCCAUUGUGGAGAUGACGUCCUUGUGCCGAAUAAAGACGGAAGAUAUUAUUUGGGUACUAUUGUGGAGCUCAGCACAAGCAACGACAAUGACUCGUGCGAAGUGGGAACGGGGGUGGCGCGGUGCCUGGUCAAGUUCGGGGACAACACGCGCGCGUGGGCGCCGGUGUCGUCGCUCAAGCUGCUGAGCGCGCCGCCGGCGGACGACGGGCGCAUAAUGUGCGUGGUCUGCAAGCGGCGCGAGGGCCCGGCCGCCACCCCCGCCGCCAACGCAAUCAUAGCGUGCGACAUGUGCGGCCGGGGCUACCAUGCCAAGUGCCACACGCCGCCGGUUGACGCUUGGAUUAAUGGUGCGUCUUGGCACUGCAAGAGAUGCGUGGACCAAAGAUACAGGGUAGCCGCCGCCGAGAACCGAGCUCUGAAGCGCUCCGACUUGCUUAGAUUUAAAGGAGGACAACAGCGGAGACAGCAGCAAGAACUGACACCACCGUGUGAUACCGCUUCCACAACUUCGUCGACUGCUUCGGAAGCAGGCAAGGAUCAGAGUGAAGUGCAUUGCUACUGUGAGGAAAAAAGCGACUGGCUUGCGCAGAUGUUGUUUUGUUGCCGCUGUUCACGUUGGUUUCACCAAAGAUGCGUCUCGAGUUUGCAGUAUCCAUUAUACGCUGGUGAUAAACUUUACAUAUUCGCUUGUGCUAACUGCAACGGAGGCGUGGAGUACCUGCGGAGAUUGGAGCUCUGUUGGUUGGACUUGGCCCACCUGGCUCUGUACAAUCUUACUGCCUACAAUGCUCCCAAUUAUUUCGACCUGGACACUGUCAUCAUGCCUUACAUCAUGGACAACUGGCAUGCGUUGCAGUUACCGGAAAAAAUGUGGAGAACACCCGUGAACGAGCGGCGCGAGAAAAUUCUAACUGCGUUAACGUCGUCUCGUAAGAAAUUCAAGUGUGGGCGGGAGAUGAAGAAGCGAGCCACGAUCUGGGGCUUGCGGGACCGGCGGCCGCCGCCGCAGCCCUGCCAGCUGUUUGCGCUCGAGCAGGCCUGUUUGCAGGUCAAGAAAGGGGAGCCCUUGUCUGACGACGUAGUGAACGAGUACGCGCCGCGCCUCCGGUUCCUCCCGCGGACCCCGCCCUCGCCCCCCGUGCCCCACGCCGACGACAGCACGCAACCGUCUAGCAGUAACAGUGAGAAAAGUUCCUAUAAAAAUAAUCACCAGCAAAUGAUCGUGCCCGUCGACGGACAUUGGCUAAAUCUGAUGAUGGGCAAGCGGUUUCACGAGAAUCUUAAUUCUAAUUCAAACUCUGAAAACGAUUCCACAAGUUCCUAUGAAUCAAUCAAACAGAUUGAAAACGACGAACCGUCCCCGUCUCCAGUUAGUACAGCUAGACAAUCCGAUGCCAAAGAUGAAGUAUCCGCAGACAAGUUCCCGAAAGUGGAAGCCGCGGAUAAUGACGACGUAGUCAAGUCGGCUAGCGACGACCCUCCCGUGCCAUCGCUUAACACGUCGCUAGUUCCUUGCUCGGUUAAGUUAAACAAAAUACCCAAAGAGAUAAUGAGUGAAGUCAAUGAAAGCAAAUCUGUUUCUAACGUAACAAUAAACUCUAAUAACACCAGAAUAGCAACUAUGAACCUAGAAGUGUCCAAGUUAUCCACUAAGAACAUAAUCGAACAUUCCAAAAUCAUGUCACUGCAGCACAUGGACAAGAUGCCUCCCUACAGCAACUUCAACCACGACAUGGAGUCCUCGGGCGACGAGACCUCGAGCAGGGGCACGCUGGACGCCAUCAUCCCGCCGCUGAAAGACUUCCAGGGGAAAAACAACCCGUUCCUGAUGCAGAACACUUCCAAAACGCCAUUUACCUCUUCUAUGAAUGCACACAACAAACAGAACGGAAGACAGAACCACUUCCAUGCCCGGUUUUCACUGCCGGUUCAGUUGAAUCCAAUGACGGGCCCUGUAGGGAGGCCGUUGAAAAGAAAGCUUAGCGAAAAAGAUAUAGUUAUAGGUCCAAAUGGGGAGGUGAAGCGUAGAAAAUACAGGCGGCCCAGGAAAUAUCUGCAAAGUCAGAUGAAUAAGUCAUGCCCACUGCCCGACGAUCCCAAGACUGUUCAGAACGAGAGCGGCGAGCCGACGCCGCCGGCGCACGCUAGCGUUAAGUUUCACGGAAGAAGACUGAGACAGCGGCAGGAAAAGAAUUACUAUGAAAAUGCACGGCGCUGCACAAACACCAACGCUGUGCAUAAUAGUGUCAAAAGUCUGCAGCUGAGCCCGCACAAGGUGCAGGCGGCGGGCGCGGCGCACACGCAGGCGCAGGAGCUGUCCGCGCUCAAGUCCAGCGUACAGUCGUACUUCCGCGCGGGCCAGCGCUUCCGCGUGCUGGCGCGCAGGAUGGCCGCCGCCGCGCCGCCCGCAUACCUCGUCGAGUGGGACGCUUCGUAGGCGUGCUCCAGCGACGACGCGAGCCGACGGAAGGCGACCUGAGCCCAACUUCAGAGGCAAAUGGAUCACCAACCAUUUGGUGACGACUAAAUAAUGUAGAAAUUACUUCAAAUAUCGAGAACUAGCGUAAUAAAUAUAUUCUAAAUUGCAUCACUACUAUAGCUGACUGAGAUGCCGUGAAUAUAUGAAUCAUGUUGGUUUGCGAAACAAAAUUACAAGUGUAAUAGUUCUCCAUUUGCCAUUUCCGUUUCUAGAUGUAAACAGUGCUCGAGCGCACCCAAUCGACUCGCGGUAAUAGUUUGUAAUACUAUAUGUACAUGAAUUAGCAUAUCGGGUGCUGUUCACAUUAUGCGUCACAGCUAGUAAAAUGUAUUGUUAUACUAUGCUAGAGAUGCUUA